AUGGCGGCCGCCACGAGCUGCGGCCGUGCCGCGCUGGGCGCGCUGGCCCGGGAUGGCGGCGGGGCCGCGGCGCGGUGGCGGCGGGUUCUGCCUCCGGGCCGCCCCGCCCUGCCCUGGGUGCCCGCCCGCGGAGCCGCGGCGGGGCCCAAAGCCGGGGCCGGGCGGGCCGUGACGGUGGAGGUGGGCGGCAGAAAGAUGGAGCUGUCUUCUGGAAAACUGGCCAAGUUUGCUGAUGGAUCUGCUGUUGUUCAGCUAGGUGACACAGCAGUGAUGGUCACAGCAGUCAGCAAGACCAAGCCCUCUCCAUCUCAGUUUAUGCCACUAGUGGUUGACUACCGUCAGAAAGCUGCUGCAGCAGGAAGAAUUCCUACAAACUAUCUAAGGAGAGAGCUUGGCUCCACUGAUAAGGAAAUUCUUACAAGCAGAGUAAUAGAUCGGUCCAUCAGGCCACUCUUCCCAGCAGGCUACUUUUAUGAUACACAGAUCCUUUGUAAUCUUUUAGCAGUAGAUGGUGUCAAUGAUCCUGAUGUUCUGGCAAUCAAUGGAGCUUCUGCAGCACUUGCCUUGUCUGAUAUCCCCUGGAAUGGUCCUAUUGGUGCAGUAAGGGUGGGGCUGGUGGAUGGAGAGCCUGUUAUCAAUCCAACCCGAAAAGAGAUGGCCUCUAGUGCUCUCAAUUUGGUUGUUGCUGGAGCUCCACAAAGCCAAGUUGUUAUGCUGGAAGCAACUGCUGAGAACAUCUUGCAGCAAGACUUCUGCCAUGCCAUCAAAGUGGGGGUGAAGCAGACCCAGCACAUCAUCCAGGGCAUUCAGCAGCUGGUGAAGGAGCGGGGCGUGGCCAAGAGAACUGUCCAGAAAUUAUUUCUUGCUCCUGAAGAGAUUGUGGAACUUGCAAAGAAACUUGCUUCUAACAAGAUCUAUGCAGUGUUCACAGAUUCAAGCCAUGAUAAAAUUUCCAGAGAUGAGGCAAUCAACAAAAUAAGGCUUGAAACAGAAGAACAGCUGAAAGAAAAAUUUCCGGAGGCUGAGCCUUAUGAAAUCAUGGAAUCUUUCAAUGUGGUUUCAAAGGAUAUUUUUAGGAAUCUUGUGCUAAAUGAAUAUAGAAGGUGUGAUGGGAGAGAUUUGACUUCCCUCAGAGACAUUAAAUGUGAAGUGAACAUGUUCAAAAUGCUUCAUGGCUCAGCCUUAUUUCAAAGAGGUCAAACACAGGUUCUGUGUACAGUUACAUUUGACUCCCUAGAAUCGAGUGUAAAAUCAGAUGUGAUCUCCACAGCAGUGAGUGGAAUAAAAGAUAAAAACUUCAUGCUGCAUUAUGAGUUUCCACCUUAUGCAACCAAUGAGAUUGGCAAAGUUACUGGGAUGAACAGAAGGGAGCUUGGACAUGGUGCACUGGCAGAACGAGCUUUGAAACCAGUUAUACCCCAGGACUUUCCAUUCACAAUCAGAGUUACUUCUGAAGUCCUAGAAUCAAAUGGGUCCUCCUCCAUGGCUUCUGCAUGUGGCGGGAGUUUAGCAUUAAUGGAUGCAGGAGUUCCAGUGUCCAGUGCAGUGGCAGGUGUGGCCAUAGGCCUGGUCACCAAGUGCAGCCAGGGAAAAGGGGAGAUUGAGGACUAUCGCUUGCUGACAGACAUCCUGGGAAUUGAGGAUUACUAUGGAGAUAUGGAUUUCAAGAUGGCAGGCACCAAUAAAGGGAUAACAGCUCUGCAGGUUGAUCUCAAGCUGCCAGGAAUACCAAUAAAAAUCGUGGUGGAAGCUAUUCAGCAAGCUACAGCUGCAAAAAGGGAGAUUUUACAAAUAAUGAACCAAACACUGGCGAAACCCAGACCUAACAGAAAAGAAAGUGGACCAGUUGUAGAAACUAUCCACGUUCCCUUAUCAAAAAGAUUAAGAUUCGUUGGUCCUGGGGCUUACAAUUUGAAAAAACUUCAAGCACAGACUGGUGUGACUGUGAGCCAGCUGGAUGAAGAGACAUAUUCAGUGUUUGCCCCCACACCAGGGGCGAUGCAUGAGGCCAGGGAAUUCAUUGGGGAAAUCUGCAAAGAUGAUCAAGAAGUGAAUUUGGAAUUUGGGGCAAUUUAUACAGCCACAAUUACUGAAAUAAGAGAUUCUGGAGUGAUGGUAAAGCUGUACCCAAACAUGACCCCAGUAUUGCUUCAUAAUUCCCAGCUGGAUCAAAGAAAGAUCAAACAUCCUAGUGCCCUGGGAUUAGAAGUUGGACAAGAAAUCCAGGUUAAAUACUUUGGCCGUGACCCCACUGAUGGCAGAAUGAGGCUCUCAAGGAAAAUCCUGCAGUCCCCAGCCAGCAGCACCCUGAAAACCCUGACAGACAAAAACAGCAUUGUGCUGGGAGGGGCUGUCCCACAGCCAUCCACGUCAUCCCAGUGACAGGAAAAAUGGUGUGAUAGCUGGUGAAAAUGCAAGUGACCUUUGCUGGAACCUCUACAUGUCCCCACAAGAAUCUGCAGGUGGAUGGCUGUGAAUCAUAUUUAUAAAACAGACACUAUUUAUGCUUAAAGGUGAUGUAGGACUUCAAAGCCUUCAAAUUGAUUAAAAACUUGAAAGCAAAACCAGAAACAAGCAAUGCCCUCAUCCUGUGUAGCAAGGUUGAGAUAAGAGCACAAGAACAUGGAAUUCUAUAGACUGAGAGGAUAUUUCAGUGCUGAAGAUUAAUCUCUCUUAAGUUAUCCACUCAAAAUAAAACUGAAUGUGGGAAGUAAGAACUGAACAACUUUUUCACUGUACAAGAAUGUUGAGCAAGACAUAAAGACUUAGAAGUAUCACCUUUAACGUGAUGGAUGCUGGUUUAGAUGAAUCCAUUGCUCUCAAAAGGUUCAGACCUGCUACAAUAUCUGAGCAGCACUUGGCUGAAACAUCACCCCUUAUCACCUGGGUUCGUUAGCACUGACUUAAAAAAUACAUAAUUAAAACAUUACAAUACUUUUUUUGGACUGAA